UGUUGGAGAAGCUUCACUUGAUAAAGACAGACCAGACUUCGUCCCCUCUGGUCAAUUUUUAUUUUAUUUAUUUUUUUUUUUAAAUAACACUCAUGUUCUCAGGGAGUGAGUAUAUUAGUAUAUUCUCUCAUCCAUUAUUGGCAAAACAUGAAAUAUGCUAAUUGGCGUUUAUAAUCUAUAGUCUUUGAGAUGUUUUGCCUCCAGUUAAGCCCCGCCCCUCAAAAACCAUCACACUGUUUACAAACUGUGAAGGGGUUUAUUAUACUAGGGAAAAAAAGGACCCAAUCCAAGAUGUCCACUAAAAGAAUCAGAGUUCUCCAGCUGACACACAUUUCUAACAUUUAAAAGUGUUUUAUUGCUGACAUUUAUUAUUUUUUGCUUCAGUCCUUGACUUUGGAUUUUUCUGUUUCACCACUUUUGUCGUUUGCUUGUUGUUGUUGUUGUUGUUGUGAGACAUUUUUUGUGUUUCAGAAGCACAUUGAAGACAUAGUUUGAAGCUCUUCUAGAGUAAAUUGUUACUUUGAGGCCUUUUUUUUAUUCCUUUUCUUUUUUUAAUGAAUUUCUUAAUGCGAACAGAAUCCGUGACGUUGGUCUCCGUGCACAGACCUUUGAGAAGUCACACAAAUAAGCUGCAUCUGUAAAACACAUUAGAUCAAAACAACUCAUUCAUUUAACUUUCCACAGUUUGGUUUUUGUAUUUUGAAUCAGGGAAAAUCUUGAGAUACGAAGGGAAGGUUUUAUUUUUGUGUUUUGAACCUGUGGACGUGCUGAUCACAGUGGUGUGUUGUGAAUUUUUGUCAAAUUAUUCUGUUUGCACUGAUUUUAUAACCUCAGCGCUUGGCCACUAAUUGUUUGCACACAUAUUAUAUAUAUAUAUUUGAUUUGAAAUCGUAAUUAUCUGAACAAGCUUUUGACCCUUUUGAUCUCGAGUCAUUCCAUCGUUUGUGUGAAUCAGAUCAGUGACAGAUUUUAUUCAUUUACACACAACUUAAAUGAAGUAACGUGUCUCUGCUGCUGCCUGGUUGUUUCUUACCACUCGUUAGCUUAGCAUUAUUAUACUUUAUAUUUUUUUAAGCUGUACUCGUACACCAUGUUUUGCUGUGAGUUGAAGGCUUCUUAAUAAAUCGACGUGAUGUGAAUUAUUUUACCUGCCCUUUAUUUCAAACCUAGAUGGUCCAUGGACCCGGUGGUUUCCAGGUAAACUUUAGUUUCAUGUAAAUAUUAUAAUUAGACACUGGUGUAAGAAGUAUUUUAGUCUCACAAGUAGAAAUGGUUUUGCAAGAUAAAAGCCUUAAAAUACACAUAAAUACCAUAAUGUAUCCAAAGUAGAAGUACUUUCACAGAAUGAGGUCAUUCAAUGAAAACAUUAUAAUUGAUGAUGCCUUAAUUUAAUUAAAUGUCAUGAUGUAUUUAUUUCAUUACAUAUUACAGAUUUGUGCUGAAAUAAAUGUAUUUAGUUGGUGUAGAAAGAAAGAUUCAUUUACAAAAAGAUCAAUGUUUAAGACAGAUGAUGAAUAAUGUGAUAUAUUUAAUCAUUCAUUUAAUUAAUGGCAAAAACUUCAACGUAAAUAAACAGUAACAUAACAGAAUAAUAAGCAACGACAACUCCAGAGUUUUUUCUAUUUUCUAUUGGUUUUAGUGCAAAGAUGAAUAAAUAAGUUGGAACAAUGUUUACAUUUAAUAAACUAUCCUUUAAAAAUAAAUGAAAUAUCUUAAGAAAAACCUUUGUAAUCAGGACUCGUGUCUGUCUCUUGUUUAGUCCCUGGUCUCAGCAGACACACAGACAGAGGUAACGUUCAGUCUUCUCUCCACAAUAAGCGAAUGUCCCACAUAUUCUUCCUGUAUCAUUUAUACCUUGAUCAUUGUCCGAUCUGUACUUUAUUAUUGUGUUGUCUUGUCCUGACUGUGUAGUUCUAUGUAUUUAUUAGAGAUUGUGGACGCUACGUAGCGUCUCUGCUAUAAUUCAGCUUAUUUACAACAGUAUUCUCUCACAUUGUCACUGUCACUACCCGAAGACAUUUAUCUUAUCUUAAUUUUCACACUUUGCACAUGUUGUGGUCCAGAUUAGACACUGUGGUCGGCCGCUGUUUGUUCCUCUGCUUCUUUAUUUCUGGUCCAAAUUAGUCACUGACUCAGCAGCGACUGUUCUUCCUGGGGUCACAUUAAAAUACAAGUAUGCAGAUAAAAUUCAUAUCAAAUGACAAAUAACAUUUUCAUACAAAAACAAAAAACAACAGUUAUCUUAAAUGAGAAAAACCUGAAUAAGAGAUGAAGUAAUAACCGGAAACAAAGUCAAACAGAGGUGAAAACAAAGCAAAAUAAUAAGAACAAAACCAUAAUUAUUACAGUAAUUAGUGUCAUACAUGCUAUUGUUUAUUAGAUCAAUUCAUUAUUGAUAUAUGUACAUGUAUAAUAUAUUUAUAGCAGUAAUAUACAUUUCUAUACUUAUUAUUGAUUAGUUAUUGGAUAAUUAUCUGCUGUAUAUUGAAUGCAUCUCAUAUUAAAUCCAUUCUUUAUAUAGAGGGACAUGUGAUAUUGCAGUAAAUCAUAGGGUGAUGAUGUGGUGGGAGUUAAUAAGUUAAUGAGUUACUUCUUCAUGCUCCUUUUUUACUUUUUAUUUUAGUUCAAAAUAAAUAAACAUUCAUUGAAUUCCAAGUGUUUGACUCUAAACUCCUCCGUCCCUGCACCGCCGCGUUUCUUCCAGCAGGUGUCGCCAGAGGAAAGGCCAGACUGUGACUGAGCGCUGAUCGUGCGCUCCGGACCUGGAGGUUUCUGUGUCUUUAAGGCCGCAUCUUUACGGCACCCACACGGCUGACGGGUGCCACGCUGCGGCGCCUGCUCAGUGCGCCUCCUCCUCCUCCUCCUCCUCCUCCUCCGCCUCCUCCUCCUCCGCCUCUGAGACUGGGACCCCGAACCCGGAGCUGCUCUGUCCCUCUCCUGUACUGUGCGUGUGUGCGUGUCUGAUGUUAACCUAUGGACUGACGGUGAGGAGGCUAUUGUUCGCCAGCCCCCGGUGCUUCGUCCGGUCCUGUCCCGCUGCCGCCGCCGCCGCUGGAGCUUCACUUUCCCCCGGAGAAUGCCCAGAGGACGCGGAGCUGUGUUCCUGCACGGAUAGCGCAGAAAUACACCGGAGAAACACGAUAUUGACAUGAAGAAAGACGUUGAGACUCUAAUAGCAGAGGAACGGGCCGACAUCAUCUUGAAAUAUGCUACGGAGGAAGAGUUCACACGUGGUUGAUUUGCUGGUUAAAAAACACCAAUGGACACUCUGAGACGGACAAAUGGCAGGCAGGGCGGGGUGGAGAUCGACCCCUGGGAAGAUGCUGACUACAGCAUCUACAAAGUCAUCGACCGGUUCGGCUUCAUGCACGAGGACGAGCUGCCGGCGCCGACCGCCCACGAGGAGAAGCGGAAGCAGCUGGAGAUAGAGAGAGCGGAGAAGUGGCUGAAGAUGGUGAAGAAGUGGGAUAAAUACAAGAACAGUGACAGGAUGGUGAAACGGGUUUACAAGGGCAUUCCCCUGCAGCUCCGAGGCCGAGCCUGGGCUCUGAUGCUGGACGUGGAGAGGGCCAAGAAGGAGAACGAGGGCAAAUAUGAGAACAUGAAGGAGCAGGCCAGACUCUGCUCUACAGAGAUCAAACAGAUCGACCUGGACAUCAACAGGACCUUCAGGAAGCACAUCAUGUUCAUGGAUCGCUUCGGAGUCAAGCAGCAGUCUCUCUUCCACGUCCUCUCUGCGUAUUCAGUCUACAACACAGAGGUGAGCUACUGCCAGGGCAUGAGUCAGAUCGCCGCCCUGCUGCUCAUGUACAUGAACGAGGAAGACGCCUUCUGGGCGCUGUCGCAGCUGCUGACCGACCAGAAGCACGGCAUGCAUGGCUUUUUUGUUCCCGGGUUCCCAAAACUUCAGCGUUUCCAGACGCAUCAUGAUCAGAUUAUUUCCAAACUCCUCCCCAAGCUGAAGAAACAUCUGGACAGAGAGCAGAUGUCAGCUGGGAUUUACAGCACUAAAUGGUUCCUGCAGUGUUUCAUUGACAGGACGCCGUUCACCCUGACGCUUCGGCUCUGGGACAUUUUCAUCCUGGAGGGGGAGCGGCUCCUCACCGCCAUGUCUUACACCAUCCUGAAGAUACACAAGAAGCGUCUCUUGAAGAUGUCUCUGGAGGAGCUGAGGGAGUUCCUGCAGGAGCGCAUCGCCCAGACCUUCUUCUACAGCGACGACGUGAUCGUGGAGCAGCUGCAGGCCUCCAUGACGGAGCUGAGGAAGAUGAAGCUGGACCUCCCUCCUCCAGGAAAGCCUGAUGAGUUUCCUCGGAAGCCGCUGGGUCAGGAGCUGCCGGUGCUGCUGAGUCCGGUCCAGUCGUCCAGAGGGAGGUCGUCCUCGGCCGCGGGUCUGAGCCUCCGCAUCAUCUCCCACCAGCCAGACUCCAUCUCCUCAGACCAGAGCCCCUCCAAGGACCCCAGGGACCUGGAAGCCGUGGACAAAGAGGAGGAGGAGGCGCCGCUGCCUUCCCCCGAUCCCGUCAUCAUCCACAGCGGGGCGCUGCUCACCCCCGACGGCUCCCCGCUGACGGGGCCUCCUCCUUACCAGCCCCCGGGGAGCCCGUCCCCGCCUCUGCCGCCGCCGCUCCAGGAGAGGGACCAGAGUCCGGCUGCAGCAGCUCCCUCCUCCCAUCCAGAGACCAACGGCCGCCUCUCUCCAUCCUCCGCCGCCGACGACCCGUCCUCCCGCGUCGUCCCCAGGACUCUAUCGGCGCCGCCGCCGGCUCCGGCUCAGUCCGAGAGCCUGACGGCGGCGGAGAGGGACGAGGACACGUACCUGGCUCAGCUGCUGCAUCAGGCCUCGGCUCUGACCUCCGUCAGGAAGACGGAGCAGGAACCGGACGCCACGCGAGGCCACGCGUCCUGAGAACUCAGAGGAAGACUGGAUCAUGUUCCACGGUUAAAUAGAAAAACGCUUUAUUAUUGGUCCUGCUAACGCUUAGAGGCAGUUUCUUCCUUUAGGUUUGGGACUCAGCAGCUUCUGUAGGUGGAAAAUAUUCAGCUGUGACAUCCAGGUCAAAGGUUUAUGUCAGAGAACAGCAGAGCUCAGGACUUAUCCAGGUUUUCAGACUCAGUUCGCCCUCUUUCUGCAUCAAAAUCUGAAGUUAGAAGGUUUCUGAUCUCAUGACGUCUAACAAAGAGCUUUUUUUUUGCUUUUUAUAGAUAAGAAAAUAGGAAUUAAUACUCAUUUAGUUUCCUGUUGGUUUGUCACGAUGGAAUCCACUAAACUACUAAAAAAUGUAAAUCCAACCAGGUUUAAUGGUUAAAUACAGCCCUGCUUAAAACCUUAAUAUCUUAGAAAAUAAAAAAUAUUGACAAACAUUUUAGAAAAGCAACUAAAUAAUUCAGAUAAUUCACAUAUCCCCAACGUCUCUCAGUUAAUUCUUAGUUUAUUUGAUGAAAUGAUGAAGAAGUUUCCCCAGUUUAGUCGACAUAAGACGUCUGUAGGUUUAAAUGUGAAGUUUGAGAUGAUAAAUCGUGUUAAAGCUCCGAUGUUUCCUGCAGAGAGAACAACAUGUUUUAUAAUAACUUUAGUUCAGUCAAAAAUUAAUCAUUUACUGUCGAAUCUGAUUUACACUUAAAUAAAGACUAGAUAAGACUAAAUAAAUAUAAAUAAGAAUAAAUAAGUAUGAAACUGAAACAUUACAUAACAGAAUGUUUCCAAAAGUUAGUUUAAUUAUAUUAAACGUCCUGUGUUUGUCCAGAUAAUUAAUUUAUCACAUUUAUUACUGUAAAACAGAAGAAAACUCCGGCGCCAUCUACAGAAACUUUUUCCUAAAAAGAAAAAAAAACAUUUCUUAGUUUAGCUGAUGAAGUUAUUUCACUUCCCUCUGAGAAAUUUCCCCCAAAAUCAGUCGCCACAGGUCUGAGAAGCAGACGUCCUCUUUACAGAUUCAGAUGUUCUGAUGAUCUGUCAUAAAGCGGCUGCAGGGAAAACCACCGGGGUGCAUCAUGGGAACUGUAGGAUCCAGUGUUUCUAGGUCAAAGUCCGACAUGUGCAUUUAAAGAGCAGCUAAAAAAUGAAUAUGAUUCGACCUUUAUCAGAUUUAUCAGAAGGUUUCACAUGAAUUCAGUUUAUUUAGAUCUUUUUGCCCCAGAACGACUCGAGUCCUCGUCCGCCUGCUGCUUCUAUCCGGCCUCUGUUCAAAUCACAUGGACGUGUCCGAGGCGUCGACCCUUUACAGCCACACAAAAAACUCUUUUGUAGUUUUGUAAUGUUUCGGUGUCAGACAUCGCUCGGCCUUUCGUUUUUUUUGUAAAGUGUUUGCUAGCAGAGUUACACCUUUAUUUUUUUGUACCAACGUCUCGAUGCCUUAUUUUGGAAUCGGCUUCAGUGGUGAGCUGGCUCACUGUCAUGAUUGUACCCGUUGAAAACUUUUUCUAGCUCAGUAAUUUAUUGUUUUUUUGUUUGUUUUUGUUUUUUUGUUUUUUUCGUCCUCGUGUCGAAGGUCAACUCAACGGCGCCACCCUCGUCCUUUCAGGAACAUUUCUUUUCUUUAAAGGGUGAAGUUUUUUUUUCGUUUGUUUGUUUUUUGCAUAAAAUGAAGUGGAUGUAUGGGAUUGUUUGUAGUUUAGAAGUGUUCAGUGUUGUAGAAGCUGUAGGUUCACACGAACGUGUUCACAAGGCUCUGUGCUUAGAAACCAUGAAACGCUGACACCUUGUGGCCGCUGUAGGUAGUGUCUCUCUUUCUCUAGAUGUAGACUCGCCAAGAAAAGUAGAAACUUUUUAUUAAGAUUUUUUUUUGUCUGUUUAAUCCAAAUAAGAUUAAACAUCAAACCAUGCAAUUUACUGCCGUUAUUUUUAGGAUUUUGUGAACAUGUUUUAUGAUGUUUAACUCGUUGGCUGAAACUAAUUGAGAUGAUUUUAGAUAAAGGUUUGUCUUUGAAACGA